AUGGACGAUCUGUUCAAUAAUGACCUGGCAUACCAGGAAUCGCAAGAAGAAAACAACACGAGGGAUAACACUCCAGAAGAAUAUGAAGAUAAUUUAAAAGACGAUUUAGAUGUUUUGGACAGCGAUGAAUCAUUUAUUGUAGAUGAUGAUAAGAGUUUAUCAUCAGAAGAAGGUGAUCGAGAUGAUAAGAAUGUUGGGGAAGGAGAAGAUGAUUAUGAUUUCCUGUUUGGAGUAACCGAAGAGGAGCCAGAAGUUAAGGCUAAAAAGCGUGUAAAGGAAUUAGAGCGACUUCUUACAUCAAGAGCAGGAGCGUAUGAAGAAUUUGAAGGCGCAGAAGAUGAAAUUUUACACACGCUUGAUGAUUUGGUUUAUCAGUACGAACACCGCCAAGCACUUGAAUCUGAAAUACUCGCACUCUUUUCAGGCCUCAUUAAGCGUGAACAUAUUUCACACCAUACCACCGAUGCAGUUAAUAUCAAUAACCUUAACACUGAUAGAAAUACCACUAAUAAUGUGGAUAAUUCCGUGGUGAAUAAGAAGAUAAAUAAGAUGAUGAAGAGAAUAAUAAAGGAGACGUUUAAAGAUCGAGAACCUGAAGGCCGCUUUGGUAGGUACGGUAAAAUGGGUUCAGGAUCAAACCUACGUGAUUUAGACCAUGAAAAAGAGAAUAUUGUUAUGACAAUUGAUUCAGAAGCACUUGAGAAUUUGAGGGAUAUUAACACACUUUUACACCGUGAAAGAGGCGGAGAUUACGAGGAUUUGGAUGGAAUUUCACUUUACAAAUACCCACGUUGUGCUUCAGUAUACAUUUUUGGACAGAAUUUCGUCCUUUCUUCUGUUUCACCACUCUGCUCAAUACUUAGUAGAGGUUCAGUUAAUGAGGAAAUUGAAGUUGACGCAUUGGUAAAUGAGUUAAUCUACUUCUUUUAUCAAAUUACACAACCACCGACCGAAAAUUGGUUUAAUUAUUGGUAUUCAGUACAGGACAUAUAUAAGUCAAUUAACCGACGAUACACAACGAGCCAAAACUCAUCAAUGAAUCAGAACAUAUUAAAAGAGUUAAAGUAUAGAAUUAGAAUCAUAGAUGACUAUAUUAAUGGUUUGAGAGCUGUUCGAAGCGCAAUGGAAAAUUCUGAAAUCUGGUCAUUAAUAGGAGAAUUCAGACUCAAAUUGGAACACUUUAAACAGAGUAACUAUAUCACAACAAAUGAUUUGAAUAUAUUAAACGAGUUGAAACAGAAACAGAAGGAAUUAUCAGAGGAACGAGAUAGUAUUUUGGAGGAAAAUGAGGAUGGAAUAACACUAGUAAAUAAACUAAGAAAGAAUAAAGCUGUAGUAUCUGAAACUAAAAAGAGAAUUAAAGAAAUUCGAUCAGAAUUAUAUGAAGUUACAAGCCAAAUAACUGAAAUAAAUAGGAAAGUGGAUGAUGCUAGAACUAGGUCAGAACUCCAUAUCCAGACAGUCAGAAUUUUAAUAUCGCAAGUUUUAACCAUCAAUUCCAAUAUGCAAAUGUUACUGAUACUCAAUGAAGUUGGUAUACUAACCAUUAUCAGACAGGAAAUUUUACAAUUAUUUCAUAAUAUAAACAAGGCCAUUGUUCAAAUUCAAUACACUGAUGUUAACGUAAACGGUGUGAGUGCCAACAACGGUGUUACAGUUAGUAAUAAUCUUAAUCCUAAUAAUAACGUUAAGGAGAACGUUGACGAUUAUGAAUAUUACCCAAGUUAUUUGACGGAAUCUGAGCGUGGCAGUUUAUGGGAAUAUGUAAGAUUAGUUUACAAUAUUUUUACAGGAUUCAAUAUCAACUAUAAUAAUACUAUUGAAAAUUGUGCAAACAACAAUACGAGUCAGGUAGUAGCGGAUAGGGAGUUGAAUAGUAAUUUGGAUAAUAAUAAACUGGAUACUGGAAUACACAUGAAAGAAUAUCUGAUAGAUAUGUACAGAAUGAACCCGAAGUUGUAUAAUAAAUACAAAUUGUAUAAUAAAUAUAAGCUGUAUAAUUACAGCAGUGGUGGUAGGGAAAAGUAUAACUACUACUACAUGUUCAGGUUUAAUUCAUAUUCCCAGGCUCAGAAAAGUAGCAUGAGCUCCGGAACCGAGGAGGAAAUUGGAGCCUUGAGGACUGAACUCGAGUUAAUAAUAGGAAAAUCAACUACUAACCCAAAUAUAAAUUUAGUUACACUGGACCAUAAAAUUGAAUACCAACUAGUAUUAUUAUUAUCGAUAUGUGUACAAGAUGUAAAUAGAGAUGUAAAGGAGUUUUAUACAGAGCCGUUUGAUAAGUUGAUUUUACUAAAUAUCAAGUCGUUCAUUUUAUUAUAUUAUCACAACACAGUUGUAAAGGGAAUUAACACACUACUUAACUUCAGUGCUGUGAUGAAGUAUGUGAAUGAUGAAAAUCUCCUAAGGACCCUGUUGUUAAAUUAUUUAACUGAUUUGGUAAAGAAAUUCAACUACUUCAAUAAUCUAGUCACGGUCCAAGUGCUACAAAAUGCACUUGUUGAACUGCUUUUCCUAAUUAAUGAUAAAUCUGAAUCAACCAGUGAUACGCAUGGUAUACCAGAGUUGCGUAAUAUAUUUGUAUAUUAUUUGAAAAGUAACGUGAGACAAUUGUUGUUUAGUGUCUUAAAAAACUAUAAGCUGUGUUAUAAUUACAAGCUUUUCAUCUUAUCGCUGAGGGUUUUAAUGGUCCUGGAGAAGUUUAUAAUAAAGUUUAACUCCGUUUCAUUUACAAACACGAAGGCCAGUAAUUUCGAAAGGGACAGUGUCUUUGAUGAUGACGUUUCAGAGGACUCAGAGUCUGAAAUUAGUUACACACAUUCGUCUAAAAAUACGGUCACAGUUACCAAAAAUAAUAUCUUUAACAGCAAAAAUGUUAAUAAUACGCAAAACGAUAUUUUGAGAAACGGGAAAAUCGUAUACAACACUCUACUACUCUUAUUCAAACUACAUAAUCUGAACACUAUUACAAAUAAUCUUAAUACGAGUAAUAUAAAUAACUGCAGUAACAUCAAUAAUCCAAACGCCGUCAACACUAAUAAUACCACUAAGAGUGUGGGAGGCUUGAAGAAUGGGUUGGAUGUGUUGUUGUUGUAUUUGAAAAGGAUACCAGUGACGUAUUUUUAUGAUUUCAAAUAUUUCUUUUACUUUUACAAUAUAAUGUAUAAUAGCGGCCAUUAUAACGCAAUGGUGGAAGGAGCAGUGGAUGGACUGGGUUAUGUGGGUGACGGAGUUUGCAACUUCAUGAUGGAUGUCCUGGAGCGGUUCUUUGAUGAUUGGCUACUGCCAAGUAACUGGAUGCUGGUGUUGGAGUUGUUUUAUACCAAAAAUGUGCCCGUUAGCAAUAAAUUAAAGUAUAACAUCAACCACAAAGCUUAUAUCCAACCUUUGUUGGAAAACAGCUAUAAAAAUGACACGAUUCUAAAGAGCUUGCUGAAAAGUGAUGAUAACCUUGUUGACAUUAGUGAGAUCACGGCAGUGUUGGCUGAGACUUCCGCUAGCACUGUACCUUCGGGGUUAGACUCGGUGAUUUUAAAGUAUUACCAGCGCUUCAAGUACAUGGAGUACGACAGUUUGGUGAAUUACCUUUCAGAGUUACUUAAUUUACCCAAAAGGGUUGUGAUUCAGCACAUCGACAAGUUUAAUGAGGAAGUUGGCAUGACUCAGACUACUAACGAGGCCAGUUCCAUAGGUUUAACAUUGAGAAACUUGAAAAACAAGUGUGGAGUUGAUGUUUUGAAUGAAAUGUAUGACAACAUUGCCGACGCUUUUGAAAUGCACAAGUUAUCCCUGAAAAAGCGAGUUGACGUAAUCGAGCCGAUUCUCUUGACAAAUGACUUGAAGCAGGACGAUAAUUACAGAAAUUUGGUGGACUCGUUUGGCAUUAAUGACGACUUUAAGAUGACUGUUACUGACCCGAACCAGACCCAGACAUUAUUAGCAACAUUUAAGCAGUUUUUGCAGGGUGAUCUUGAGGUCAAGGAUCCUGAGGAUAUCACUACUGACCACAUUCAGCACGAGGAAAUUGAUGUUUUCAACGUCACAUCCAAAGACAUAAUUAAGCUUCUUCUACAAAUUAAAUUGUCACAUGAUGUUAAUACUAUGACUGAGACUAUGAAUGUGACUAGUGUAAAUGAUACUAUCAAAGAUACUAAUUUAAAUGAAACUAAUAAUACUAUGGAUGAUACUGCCAAUGAAAAGAAUUUGGAUAUUGAAGAAUUAUGUAACAUAUGUACCGAUGUUAUUACUCAAAAUGUAGUUCGAUAUUAUAACAUAGAGAAUGAAGAGUUGAUGCCUUUGUAUAGGAAAUUGCUAUUGUACUGUAAUGUUAAAAUCGAAAAUAACCUGUUGAAGCUUAAUAACAAGGAAAUUGGAGCAGAAAUUAUUAAAAACAGACUCAAUAUCAUCAAAUCAUUACAUAAACUUAGCAAUGAGCAGCUGAUUAAUAUUUCCAACAAGUUCAACUCACAAUCCAACACCUCCUUAUCGCAAAAUAAUCCGCCAGAUCAAAAUAAGACACAAUCUACAAAUACGCAAAGUAAUUUAUUACAAAAUACCAAUUUACGAAGUGAUUCUAUAGAAACUAUUAAUACAGAGACCACGAAUACACAAAAUAAUGAAUUACAAGACAGUGAGUUGGAUGAGUUAUUUGAUGACACUGAAAGUACAGUAGCAAGUAAAAGUGCCAAUAAGAAGAAAAGGUUGAAAAAGAAGAAAGCUCCAGAAACUAAAACUAGUACAGUGGACUUAGCGGAAACUCAAACUACCAACGUGGACUCAACAGAAUCGCAAAUUGAUAUUGGUUCAAAUGUAUCUGAAGAGGAAUCUAGGGUAGAGUUGGAUGAAAGAGAUAAAAAGAAGAGAAGGGUGAAGAGAGCAAAAGAGACACUUGUAACCAGUGAAAUGGUUGGGACAAAGGUAUUGGACCCCAGUGCAUCAGUGCCUGAGGAACUAAUUGAGAGUCUGGAGAACCUCAAGAGGGUGCCGGAAAUGAUAAUUAAACUCCACGAGCAGUCACUGAACCUCGCCAAGAACAAACAGCUCGUAAAUAACCUAAACCACGAGAAUUUCAAACAAAUAAUCUCCUCAAUUUAA